ACUCUGAUCCCCGAGUGUCUAAAUCGUGUAGUCACUCCUGGACACCAGCGAGCUAUUCAUAAUAGCCGAGAAGAAGUGAAGUUUGCAAGUUCUACCAUUAAGGAAUACACUGCAACAGCUUCACCAUGUCUAUUAUGUCCUAUAAUGGAGGGGCCGUCAUGGCCAUGCGGGGGAAGAACUGUGUGGCAAUAGCUGCAGACCGGAGAUUUGGCAUUCAGGCUCAAAUGGUCACCACAGAUUUCCAGAAGGUCUUCCCCAUGGGAGAAAAGCUGUACAUCGGGCUAGCUGGACUGGCAACUGAUGUUCAGACAGUAUCCCAGAGGCUGAAAUUCAGACUGAACCUGUAUGAGCUGAAGGAGGGUCGCCAGAUCAAGCCCAAGACCUUCAUGAGCAUGGUGUCCAACCUGUUGUAUGAAAAGAGGUUCGGGCCGUACUACAUCGAGCCUGUGAUCGCCGGACUUGAUCCCAAAACCUCAGAGCCAUUCAUCUGCUCCUUGGAUUUGAUUGGCUGCCCCAUGGUGACAGAAGACUUUGUUGUCAGUGGCACCUGCUCAGAGCAGAUGUAUGGCAUGUGUGAAUCUUUGUGGGAGCCAGACAUGGAAGCAGAGGACCUGUUUGAAACCAUCUCACAGGCGAUGCUGAACGCAGUUGAUAGAGAUGCAGUGUCUGGAAUGGGAGUCGUUGUACAUGUCAUUGAGAAAGACAAGAUCACCACACGAACCCUGAAAGCCAGGAUGGACUAGAGCUUCUGUUUUUCCACACACUUCACCAACACAAAUGUUUUGUAUAAAAAUAAUAAACAAUGCUUGUACUGUCUUUUCUUCAAUAAAUGAAUCAACAUAGGUUUAAACAAUGAA